UACCACUCUAGAGACAAUAGUAAUUAGAGUAACAAGAAAAUUAGUGUCAAUAAUCCAAGCUUAAUUGCCAGCUAAUUAAUGGAGAGGGAGGGUAGAUCAACACCCAGGGGUGAAAGGGGUCGUUCCCCAUCAUUACCCCGACGGUCUUCAACCCCACCUCCCCGACGGUCUUCAUCGCCGCCGCAGACAGCGCCGCCGCAGACAGCGCCGCCGCAGACAGCGCCGCGAUCGUCGACACCAGAGGAAACCCCACAGGAAAGAGCUGCCAGAGAAUACUUUGACGGCGUCUUUGGUCCCUCACCUAAUCGCACACCACCAGUCUCAUCAGCUGCAGCAUACUUUGACUCUGUGUUUGGUCCAUCCUCCACGGGACGGCUGAGAGAUCGCCAUACUCCAGUAAAUCAAGCAGGAACAUCUCGACCAGAGGAAAAUCACGACUAUAUAAGGACAAUAACUCCAUGGCCAUACGACUCAUCGAUAUACUACGGCGGCCAAGAUAUUAUCGUUUUUCCCAACAAGAACAAGAAGCCGCCGCCUAGGUCCGAAGAUUGAUGAUACAAAUGAUGAAACAUAUGCUAACAUAGGAGAUUGGUGGAAAGGGUCAUACCACUACUCAUCAGAGAUUAUAUAGCCUCAAACACAAUAGACAUAAGUAAUAAUAAGGAGUUGCAUGUGCAUGUCACAACACUUCAGUUUCUUUUUCUUUUUUUCUACAUUUGUAUAAGCUAGUUGACUUGUAGACUAAAGUGAAUCUGGCAAUUAUCCAACCUAUAUCUUGAAUAAAAGGAUAAUGUUGCCAAGGUUGCUAUCAACAUGUGUAAUCUCUAUUUAGUACACAAAUACUACAAACCAGUUUGUUUGAUAAUGAGAAGUAUUACAGAUACAUAUACAUGCUGUGACUUAUUAUAGUUUU